CGUGUCACAGCUGCCUUCUUGUUACCAAGCUACAACAACUGGCGACGAGGAUGCUGAAACGAAUCUACGAUGGGAAGGGGCGGAUCCCGUGAAGAACUGAGGCAGGGCAGAGCACGGCAUGGCCAAGAUGUGGGAAUUCGACGCAUUCCUGGAGGACGGCGAUGAAGACUUCGCUUCGUACGUGGAAAGAUUCGAGCACUACUGCGAAGUAGCCAACGUACAAGAGGAGAAGCUUAAGAAGUCGGCCUUCAUAACGGCCAUUGGCAAGAAUGCGUACAAGACGCUCAAGGAUUUGCUUCUACCGGCGACCCCUGCGGAGAAGAGUUUCGAAGACCUGGUCAAGGUACUGAGUGACCAUUACGAGCCUGCAAGCCGAAUCAUCGCAGAGCGAUUCAGAUUCAACAGGCGGUACCAAGCGGAAGGUGAGACAGUAGCGACGUUUGCAGUUGCACUGAAACACUUGGCCGCUAAAUGCAAGUACGGCACAUUCCUUGACGACGCACUACGCGACCGAUUCGUCGCUGGACUGCGAAACCCUGCCAUUCAGACGGGUCUACUAAAAAAGGAGCUGUCGUUUGAAUCUGCUUGCGACUUUGCCAAAAGCGUUGAAAUGGCGGAACAGGAGUCGAGGGGGUUUCGACCUGGCAGUGGAACGGAAGCCGAUGUCCAUGCGAUAAGGAAGACAGGCAGGAAAGCGGCAUUUGUGGGCAAGCCAGGCAAGCAAUACGAGGCAACCAAGACAAAGUGUCACCGUUGCGGGCAAGAGCAUGACGCUAGUUCUUGUCGUUAUCGGAAAGCAAGGUGCUACAGCUGCAAACGCACGGGUCACUUGGCUCGAGUAUGCGGACAACGCCCGCCGGGUGCGGGAAAAAUUCACGCCGUUGCCGACCAGCAAGAAGAUAAUGAGAUGAUGCUCUACGCUGUACAUCACGCCGGCCUUGCGAAGCAGCCGUAUCAGGUAGAACUUAUGCUCGGAAGGAAGCGCGUGCAGAUGCAAGUAGACACAGGAGCCGCUGUUUCUCUGAUAUCGGAAGACCUAUGGAAGCAGCUAGUGAAUCCUCCCCCGCUCACACCGUCUACGGUUAAGCUGAAGACUUACGGAGGAGCACCGCUGGAAGUGAAGGGGCAAGCCGAGGUUCCGGUCGAGUACAAAGGACAGCGCAAGAUUCUACCAGUAGUUGUGGUGCCAGGAAACAGCCAGCGCUACUUGGACGCGAUUGGAUUGAGAACCUAGACGUCGACUUGAAUGGCAUUCACACGGUGCAAGCGGAGCUUACGGCUGACAACCUUGUGAAAAGGUGCCGACUACAACGAAUGCCUGGCACGUGUAGAAGCAGUCCUGCAGCGCUUCGAGAAGCACGGCGUCAAAUUUUCCUCAGAUCCAAUGCUGUGCAACACGUCAAGACACCUCCGUACCAUCCGGCUUCGAAUGGGGCAGCAGAGAGGCUCGUCCAGACGGUAAAUAAGAACUUGGUACGC